AUGUCAAUACUAGAAUCCCUCCCGUGUCCUCAAUCGCCGUGGCUAGCAUGGAUGGGUAUCCCGUUAGAGUUGCUCCAAGCUAUAUUUUUACAUCCAUAUUUCCAAAUCAACUACCCAAAGGCGACAAGGUGGUACCGAUUGCUAGUGAUACCGAUCUGCGUCUAUUUGGCACUUGCAACAGUGCCGCGAAGGACUUUUUUACCUACAGAUGAAUAUAUACAUUUUAACUUUGGUUUUGUUACUAUGCCCACUUUCCACUUUAUUUGUUUAAGUAUCAUCUAUGGCUUUCACCAAGGCCCGGUUUUCAAAUCUGAAGUCGAGCUAUUCGAUCAGGAUUCUGAAGAUCAAGUUGAAGGGCACGCCGGAAAACCUGAAGGGGAGGAACCAGCUCAACAAGGUGACGAUUAUAAGAAAUCAGAGGUCAAACAUUCGUCCAGUGAUGUGAGGAGCCGUAAAUGCAAAUCCAAACCACGAUCAAAAUUUGUCAACAAUACCACAGGCGAAAAGCACAAUGAAAUUGCUCCGGCGGAUCAAACUUCUACGGCACAGACUACUUCAAGGAAGGUCAGCCUAGAAAAACCGCCUUCAAUUGGCGAGCUAACUAGAUGGAUAUCGGCCUUGAUUAUGAAUCCUCGAGGAUUGAUUUGUACUUGGUCUCCGCCAGAAAAUGUCGUACCAAUCCAACGGAACUUGAACUUUAGGAAAUUCAUGAUGAAUCUUAUCUUGAGAACAGUGAUAAUGCAUUUCUGGUUCCAAUUCGUCUGUGCUCUUGGUGUUGAAAUUGUCAUCAACUCGAAUGCGGACGUGGAUCAUUUCCUAUUCGAAAGACUAGGCUUAACUCCGUGGAGGAUUGCCAAGUUUUAUACGCCGUUCUUCCUGACGGUUGUUUUAGGUGGAGGAGCCUAUAGUGGGUUCGCACUUGCGGGUGGAUUAUUCAACAUAGUUGAAAUUUCAACCAUUUCAUUUUUACGAUUGAUCCUACCCGCAAAUAGUUCCUUUAGGCCAGAACCUGUGAAUCCAUCAAAUUACCCUGCAUUGUUCAAUGAUCCUUGGUUCAGAACGAGUUUGACAGAAUUUUGGGGUAAAGGUUGGCAAGCGGUGUUCAGACUUCAUUUCUUAUUUUGUGGGGCCCAACCCAUGUAUAAAAUUUUCCAUAGAUAUGGACCAACUGUAGGAAAAUUGGCAGCUGUGAUGGGCGCGAUGGGAUUGAGUGCUGCUAUGCAUGAGUUUUGCCUGGUUGCGGUGUCAAAAAUUGAUCCAACUUUUGCUUCUUUUAGGAUGUUCCUUGGUCAGGGAAUCGGGAUAGCUUUAGAGGCGAUCUUCAAGCAAGUUACUGGUCAAAAGGUUUCUGGACCCCUAGGUUGGGCCUGGACUUUUGGUUACAUGAUCCUCAAUGGAAGACCAAUGGUAGAUGCUUGGAUACAACGCUCCUUAGGCAGAGGAGUAGUACCAUUCAAACAAUGGGGACUGAUGCAUUUUUUGGUUCCAUUUGGCCCUUUGAUUACGGAUGAGGUGUAUGUUUAUUUGAUGAGCUGGGUCAAGAUUUUCUAA